AUGUCUAACAAAUCUCAACCCCAACUUCAAGGACAAGGGAAAGAAAGAGUCGAAUUGGAGAAAGAAAGAUUACAAAGAAAAGGCAAUGAGGUCAUUCUCACUCCUGUGAAGGUGUAUCUCCUAUUCUACAACCUCAUCUCAGCCUUACUAUGGGGUCAUCUACUCUACAUAGUCCUCCUGUUCAUCAUCACCCCUCGAUCUACCGCCUCAUCAAUUCAACAUCCCCCUUCGUCCUUAUUUGCCAGACUGUUCCCAUCAACUUCGUCCACUCCCUCACCUGUUAACCAACUCAUCGAGCAUUUCAGCGGUUCGUACGAUUUCAAGGGAUUAGGGUGGAAAACCAAAUACGUCCAAUCGCUCGCUGCACUCGAAAUACUCCAUACUGCCUUAGGGUGGGUUAGGAGUCCAUUGGGCACGGUGGCUAGUCAGGUGUUUAGCAGAGUCUGGACCGUUUGGGGAGUCGUGGAGGCUGUGCCGGAAGUGUCCCAUUCCUCCCCUUUCUUCACCACCAUGCUAUUCGCCUGGUCUUUAACCGAAGUGAUCCGAUACACUUUCUACCUCCUAUCCCUCCUCAACAUCCAGUCCCCUUUGGUCAACUAUCUUCGAUACACCACGUUCAUCCCUCUGUAUCCUAUCGGAGCAUCAUCCGAAGCUUUCCUGGCAUUCUCUACUCUCCCACCGAUCUUACCAGUUAUUGGAAACUUGAUUUCGGGCUUACCUCCCAAAGCUAGAGAGGUGUUGUUGAAAACCCAUAUCGGUAGAAACCUUUUGUGGAACUUGGCUAAAUCCAGUGUAACAAAGAAUGUGAUCAAUACGAGAUCGUGGGGUUUGUUGGAAGUAUCUAGAUUGGUGAUGUUCUUCAUUUGGUGGCCUUCUCUUUACGUCCUCUUCACUUACAUGUUGAAACAACGAAAGAAGGUUCUCGAAGGUAAGAAAGGCAAGGUAGUCGGUGGAAGUAACAAAGCUAGAUAA